AUGGAACCAGUCGAGCCCCCAACAUGGAGCUUAUUUGUGGAUGGAUCGUCAGGAGAGACUGGUUCCGGAGCAGGAGUUGUUUUGGAAAGUCUAGAGGGUCACAAGCUAAACUGCACUGUCAGGUUUAGCUUCAAAGCUUCGAACAAUGCUGCAGAAUAUGAGGCCCUCCUAGCGGGCCUUAGACUAGCAAAAGAAGUGCAAGUGAAAAGGCUCUUAGUAAGUAGCGACUCGCAGCUUGUGGUAAGUCAAGUCAACGAAAAGUUUGCAACCAAAGACAGUGGCAUGGCUGCAUAUCUGAAAUUGGUUAUGAACCUGGUCCCUCACUUCGAGAGAUUCGAACUGGUUCAAGUCUUACGCCUCAAAAAUACACACACCGACACCUUGUCCAAGUUGGCCAGCAGCAGGGAUUCGAAGUUGCUAAAAAUUGUCUCAAUUGAACGCCUGCCGAAGCCUUCCAUCUCUGGAGGCGAAGAGGUACUAUAG